AUGGGACUCAAAGCAAAGUUACGACUCUCUAACCCCUGGACCCAGAAUUUCAUCUCUGGGAUUAUCCUCUCUCUAACAGUCGGCAUCUACUUGGCCAUCUUGGGUCUUGGGGCCGGCGGUGCGCAACCGUCAUCUGCCCACGUAACGACGACCGCCUAUGCCACCCUCUAUGCAGUAUUUACCGUCACUGGGUUUUUCGGAGGGAGUGUUAUGAACACUGUUGGGCCCAGAUGGACGAUGGCGCUCGGUGCUUCAGGCUACUCAGUUUUUGUGGGAGGCUUGUGGUACUUUGAUAUCUCUGGACAUCCAUGGUUUGCGCUACUUGGUGGUGUCAUACUCGGUAUUUCAGCGGGUCUACUAUGGACUGUUGCAGGCUAUAUCCAAUUCGCCUAUGCCGAGGAGAAAUACAAAGGGUCUUAUAUUGCCUGGCAACUUUUCCUUCUAUCCGUCGGUUGCGCGGUUGGGGCUCUUGUCGUCUUUUGCAUCACGAAGGAUGUCACAACUUUGUCCGGGGUACCAACCUCCGUGUACAUCACUUUCAUUGUCAUCAUGGCUUCGGCCGUUUUAGUCAGUCUCGUUUGUAUCCUUCCGUCUGCCAAGAUAGUGCGCGAAGACGGAACUCGUCUUGCGCAUUUCACCGCGUCCGACUUCAGGACCGAAAUCCAGGGGUGUCUGGUGCUUCUGAAGGAUAUUCGAGUGAUGCUAUUGAUUGUUCCAAUGGCAGCGACAGAAAUGUCCUCGGCAUUGAUCCCAACUUUGACAGCCCACGCAUUUAAUCUACGUACACGAUCGUUAAGCGCUCUGAUCAACUGGACAAUCCAGAUACCCUCCACUUUACUCUUCGGUUUAGUUCUUGACAAUAAAAAAUAUGCGCGUCGCGUUCGGGGAGCUAUGGGAUUGAGCAUUUCAUGUGUAAUUGUUCUGGUUGGUUGGGGGCUUGCACUUGGCUUUCAAAUCAAAUAUGACAUUAAACGGGAUAUCACAAGUCCGGGCUGGGAUUGGACCUCAAAGCCUUACAUUGAGUAUAUCUUUGUCGUUUUAUUCACAGGAAUUGCUUACGCUAUUGAUCAAAUGAUGGUCAUGUGGGUUAUGAGCGCUCUGAGUAAUGAGCCAAAGCUGCUUGCGAGAUACGGCGGCUUCUUCAAGGGAAUGUUAAGUGCUGGGUUAGCAAUUGCCUUUGGUCAGGAAGCUGGGGGAGUUUCUUACCUGUAA